CCCGGGAGGAGGGGUCUCGCUGAUGCCCGGCCCCGCUGCCCGCCGAUGCCGAUGAGAUGAGUAACACGACGGCCCCUACUGCCCCCAGGGCCAACAGCGACUCCCUGGUGGGCUACGUGCUGGGACCCUUCAUCCUCAUCACCCUCAUGGGGGUCGUCCUGGCUGUGAUGAUGUAUAUCCGGAAGAAGAAGCGAGUGGACCGGCUGCGCCACCACCUGCUGCCCCUGUACAGCUACGACCCGACCGAGGAGCUGCAGGAGGCGGAGCAGGAGCUGCUGGGCGACGUGGGGGACCCCAGGGUGGUGCACGGCUGGCACGGCAGCUACCAACACAAGCGGGUGCCCCUGCUGGACGUGAAGACCUGAGUGCGGGCCUCCCUCUGCCCCUCAGACCUCCGCAACCAGAAUGGAUGGAGCCCGGGAAGCAGGGGGAGGCACUGGGACACAGAGGAGCCGGCCCCCCUGCCCGCCGUCGGGCACUUUGCACUUCAUCUUCCAGCCUCCCCUCCGGCCCCGUCCUGCGCCCCAGAAGUGGGAGCGAGGCCGAGCGCCGCACUGUUCCCUCUCUUCUGACCCACCCCCCCUGCCCAGUUCCGCUCCCUCCUGGGACUGACCAAUGCCUGCGGCACCCUUACAGAGCCCCAAGGGCCACCCUUCAAGUAGACCUAUGACCACUCCUCAGAUGCCUCCACUGAGCUGGGCCCUGCCGGAGGAGGGGUGGGGCCCUGGGCCACAGCCACUGCGACCUGACUGGGCCCCGUGUCCGUUGGUCCGUAUAAUAUAGUUUGUAAAUAAAACGUUUUGUG